UGGGCAGCGCGGGGCGGGGGGCCAUUUGGCGGGCCGUGCGCGGGGGCGGCCGGGCGGGGAGCUGCGCGGCUGGUUGGGUGUCUGCGGGCAGGGGGGGGCCGGACCGGCUGCCAGCAUGGGUGACCAAGCGCUCAGCUUCCUCAAGGACUUUUUGGCCGGUGGGAUCGCUGCCGCCAUCUCCAAGACGGCUGUCGCCCCCAUCGAGAGAGUGAAGCUGCUGCUGCAGGUCCAGCAUGCCAGCAAGCAGAUCACGGCGGAGAAGCAGUACAAGGGCAUCAUCGACUGCAUAGUCCGCAUCCCCAAGGAGCAAGGCAUCCUCUCCUUCUGGAGAGGCAACCUAGCCAACGUGAUCCGGUACUUCCCCACCCAGGCCCUCAACUUUGCCUUCAAGGACAAGUACAAGCAGAUCUUCCUGGGGGGAGUGGACAGGCACAAGCAGUUCUGGCGCUACUUCGCGGGGAACCUGGCGUCUGGGGGUGCUGCUGGAGCCACUUCCCUCUGCUUCGUCUACCCGCUGGAUUUUGCCAGGACCCGGCUGGCAGCUGAUGUCGGCAAAGGAGCCAGCGAGAGGGAGUUCACUGGGCUGGGCGACUGCCUUGUCAAGAUCUUCAGGUCUGAUGGCUUGAGGGGCCUGUACCAAGGAUUCAGUGUGUCUGUCCAGGGCAUCAUCAUCUACAGAGCAGCCUAUUUUGGGGUUUACGACACGGCCAAGGGUAUGUUGCCUGAUCCAAAGAAUGUGCAUAUCAUAGUGAGCUGGAUGAUUGCCCAGAGUGUCACUGCAGUAGCAGGGCUGGUUUCUUAUCCUUUUGAUACUGUGCGACGUAGGAUGAUGAUGCAGUCUGGCCGAAAGGGAGCUGAUAUUAUGUACAAGGGCACAAUUGAUUGCUGGAAGAAGAUAGCUAAAGAUGAAGGAGGCAAAGCGUUCUUCAAAGGUGCCUGGUCGAAUGUGUUGAGAGGCAUGGGCGGAGCUUUUGUAUUAGUACUUUAUGAUGAAAUCAAGAAAUAUGUCUAAAACUCAUCAUAAGACAGUUCAAUUGUUCUCAUUCAACUUUUUUUAAAAACAUAUGCUAUUGUGAUGUAAUGGACAACAAAAUAUUUCCUAGGGAAACAAAGUUUGAGUAACAUCUGAUUGAGAUCAGGAUGCAUCAAUUUAAAAAUUGUCCACUACAUCACAGUUUCAUUUUGUAUGAAAAUUCCUCCAACAUUUGUAUUGGAACCUGUGUAUAUAUUAUACUUCAAAUUUGAGGUAAUAUAUUUUGUCUAGAGACAAGACUUGGGUGCUCUCUACCUAGUUUAAAAUGUAAUAUUGUGGAGACUUGAUAGAAUAACAUCUUUGGAAAUACCUAUUGUACUAAGUGAUGUCUCUAGCUACCCAACAGCGUGAUGACAUAACAUGAAUUAAAAUCAUGUUUUCUUAAGCUGUAUUUUUUUAAAAUGAUACUAACUGAAAAUCAUGUCUAAAAAUAAAAACUAUAUUCAAGCACCAGCCUGAGUUCCUAACUGCAGCCUCCUCACUGGCAAAUUAUGCAGUCAUAUGGUUGAAACCAUAACCUGAUUUUACAAACAUACUUUGUGGAAAUAAUGUUUAAAGAAUUCCCUGGAUUGUCACUAAGCAAAAAGUUGUCUGCUGAUGUUCAAUUGAACUAAACCUGAAGUAAUGAAAUAAAUUAAUAUAUAAAUGAA